AUGCUAAAAGCAAAUAUCUUCAAAGACGACUACUACUCUAUCUGGAAGAACACGCUGCUAGAGGACGCGCACAAUGUUCAGUCAGGGACUGGUGCAUUGACUACUCCUAUUUAUGCAUCAACUUCUUUCACCUUCAACAAUAGCCAGCAUGGGGCGGAUAUCUUUGCUGGAAAGACGGAAGACUUUGCUUAUAGUCGUCUCGGAAAUCCCACAUCAAGUGUUUUUGAGCAAAGGAUAGCAGCAUUAGAAGGCGGAGCUGCAGCUCUUCCUACUUCUUCGGGAGAAGCCGCGCACUGGAUGGCCAUCGCUGCUCUAGCCAUGGCCGGUGAGAAUAUUAUUGCGCCUUCUACAAUAUCUGAAGAGACGUACACUCUAUUCAAAUACCGACUCCCACCACUUGGAAUCAAUGUCAAGUUUGUCGAUAUUAAUGAUACGGAUUCUGUCCGAGAUGUGAUUGAUGAGAAGACACGCGCCGUGUACAUUGAGAGUAUCAGCAGCGUUUCUCUCGAAAUCGCAGAUAUCGAGGCUGUGGCAUCAGUGGCCCACGAAGUAGGCGUUCCCCUCGUUGUAGACAAUACAGCGGGUGUUGCAGGAUAUCUCAUCCGUCCAAUUGACCAUGGAGCCGAUAUUGUAAUCAACUCAACAUCUGAAUGGGUAACAGGCACUGGUACAACUGUCUCCGGGGUCAUCGUCGAUAGCGGCAAAUUCCCUUGGAAAACCCAUUCCUCGAGAUUCCCUCAUCUCACAACACCUUCACCUGGAUACCACGGUUUGAACUUUGCAGAAGCUUUUGGCGAGAUUGCGUACAUACUAUACGUUAGAAUGGCCAUCCUUCGCGAUGGUGGUCCAUGUCUUAACCCAUUUGCGACGGCACUCGCCUUGGCCGGACUUGGAAGCCUGUCAGCCAGGAUGGACCGACAUAACAGUAACGCGUUGUCACUUGCCGCAUGGUUACAGACGCAUGAGAACGUCACAAACGUGACUUUUCCAGGUAUCACAGCACAUUCUACUUUUCCUCGCACGGAGAAGUACUUGCGUCAAAAGGCUGGAUAUGGAGCAGUAUUGCAUUUUGGGUUAAAGAAGGGCGGAGCACAAAAAGCAGCAGCUUUUAUUGCUAAUUUAAAGCUGAUCAAGUCAUCACAUGGACUAGGAACUCCGCAGUAAGUAGUCAAGUAUGCCAUUUAGAUUCAGAACUUAUAAUCUUCUUAGGACAUUAAUACACGUGCUUGAUGAACAUUACGCGUCCAGGAAAGAGGUUACAGGUGUGGAGGGUGCUGUUAUUCGUCUUUCCGUUGGUCUGGAGCAUAUCGACGACAUCAUUGAGGAUCUAAAACAAGCUCUGCAACUUUUCUGACAUCAGGUUUGAAGGAUUAGCCUGACUGCUUGACGAAACUGAUGGAAGAUAAUCAGCCUAUCAUUACGAUAUUUCGUUUUCUUCGUAGUUA